GAUAAACUGAUAAAAGCAUCUCGGGAUUAAUAUAGCCCCACUACCUCCGGUCGCAAUUCACAGGAGAAACGCCGCCGCCCGCCCGCAGAAAGCCGUCGAGUCGAGGAGACAGUCGGAGGAGAAGAAGAGAAGGAUGGGUUUCGAGAAGGAGAUCCUGAGAGCCGGCACCGGCCCCAAGCCGACAAAGGGCCAGAAGGUCACCGUCCACUGCACCGGCUACGAAAAACAGCAACAACCUUCAGGUGCUCAAGGUCACGGUGCAUCAUCAUCACAGGGAGCAGCAGCAACAUCACAACAGAAAAGGAAGAGAGGUGUCCAGCACCACGGGAAGGAUCGUGAUCUAUCCAAGAAAUUUUGGAGCACCAAGGACCCAGGUCAGCAGCCAUUCAGUUUCAACAUUGGUCUGGGUUCAGUGAUCAAAGGAUGGGAUGAGGGAGUUAUGACCAUGCAAGUGGGUGAAGUUGCUCGUAUCCAGUGCACCCCAGACUAUGCUUAUGGAGCCAGCGGAUUUCCUGCCUGGGGAAUUCAACCAAACUCGGUGCUGGUGUUCGAGAUUGAGGUCCUCAGUGCUCAGUAAUUCGCGUUGCAAUUCUGGAUAGAGCCUUGCCUCUUAAGUACUGAAAUAAAUCCUGUUCUACAUACAGCACACUGGUGUUCUUAGUAAACCCUGUUCAACUUUAACACUGCGUGGCCGUGAUAUAUCAGGUUUAUGGAAUUACUUGUGGCACAACUCAGUCAAGUUCUCGUCACUGACAGUAAAACGGUGCUGUUAAAGCACAACGUUCCUA